AUGGAAAAUCCUAAGAAUCUAUCGAGCUCAAAUGAGAAAGAUGUGGAUCUUCUCACCGUUGAUGCUAGAUCCCUUCAAAGGCUGCUGGAGACUGGUGCAGUCACGACCUUGGAUCUCGUGACGCGGUACCUGGCUCAGAUCGAGGAACAUGACUCGAAGCUCCAUGCUAUGAUCGCAGUGACUCCGAAAGACCUUCUCGAGGAGAAAGCGAAGUCACUGGAUCAAGAGCGGGCCUCGGGGAACGUUCGUGGUCCUCUGCACGGCAUUCCAAUCAUUAUCAAGGACAAUAUCGCAACUCACCCUAGCCUUGGACUUCCGACCACCGCUGGGAGCCUUGCAUUAUUGAGCUCCAAGCCCAAAGCAAAUGCUAAAAUAGUGGAUCAACUGAUCGAUGCUGGUCUGAUUAUCAUUGGAAAGGCAAACCUUGCGGAAUUUUCGAACGCUCGUGGCUCUGAUAUGCAUAAUGGAUGGUCGGCAGUGGGUGGUCAGACACAAUCGGCAUACGUUAUCAACGGCCUUGACCAGAAUGAUUCGCCGAAGGGUCAUUCAGGUACUUCUGGUUCGUCUUCAGGAUCUGCGGUCGGGGUGUCUGCUGGAUAUGCGCCUUUCUCCAUUGGAACCGAAACAGAUGGAUCGCUUGUCAGUCCAUCCGGCCGAGCUGCUCUCUACACGAUCAAGUCCACAAUCGGCCUCGUUCCUCAAGAUGGAAUCAUUCCAAUCUCUCGAACUUUCGAUGCUGCUGGGCCGAUGACAAAGUCCUCUCAUGAUCUAGCUCUUCUGCUUGAUGUUCUUGCACAAAGGGACCCAGCAAAUUCGUUCACAAACUACCUGACAGGAUCGUGGUCUGAUAUUUCAGUUGCAGUCCUCGACCCGGAUCAUUGGAAAUCACCAUCAGAUGACAACAAGCCCAUCGAAGAAGCAGAGGCCCAAAUGAGACGGGAAAUACUUCAAGCCUACGAUGUCAUCGAACCGAAAGCAAAACGAUUCGUGAGAAAUGUUGACUUGAUCUCGACCAAAGAGUUGGAACUUGAUGGAGAAAACAGCGAAUGGCUUAUAAUCCUGGCGGACAUGAAAAAACACUUGAACUCCUACCUGGAAGAUCUUGCUGAGAGUGAGGUUCGGUCUAUGGCUGAUAUAAUUGAGUAUAAUAUAAAGCAUGCCGAUAAGGAACUACCUCCACACCACCCUCGACAGGACCAUUUUGUCAAAUCGCAGGAGCAAGAUCUUUCCCCGGAGGAUUACGAGCGACAUCUUACGCAUCUUCGAAAGACCUCCAAAGAACGCGGAGUGGAGCAUGUGCUCGAAGCGAACAAUGUGGAUGUAAUCCUUGGUCCAAUUGAAGGGGGUCUGUCGACGAUGGCCACAGCUGGAGGUUAUCCCAUAGCUGCGAUGCCGCUCUCCUAUCUUGACUACAAUGGUCGAGCAUUCGGAGUUGCUGCAAUUGCGAACAAGGGUCAGGAAGCUUUGCUAGUCAAGGUUAUGAGCGCAUGGGAAGCCACCUUUCCUCCUCGGAGACCGCCUCCACAGCUUGUGCAUUAG